AUGUUUCCGGUUACUUAUUCAUUUGAAAAUGGAGUUUAUUCAACUAUUAUUAACCAAACACCUAAUGCUCAUGGAUUGAAUGGCUUGGAUCAAGACGUUGGAAAGUUGAUGGUGCCCAUUCUCGAAACUCCUCAAGCCCACAUCCCUCAACUUAUGGAACUACAACAGCCUCAACAGACCCAGAUUCAACAUGAAAUUCCACUCCAACCGCCUUGCUCCUUAUCGUCUUCCAUCUUCUCUCAACCUCAGAUAUCACAAACAUCUACUACCUCUUCGGCAGCAUCAUCUUCAUCUCAAAAGAAAUAUGUCAACCCAUUUGCGCCCGAAGCCACAGUACCCCUGCCGAUUGAGCUCGAAGAUCAAUUCGGACCAUACAGAAAUGUGAACGAUGGAUACGAAAAACUUCGAAGACAUCUUCCAGUGCAUUUUGAGUAA